CUACCUCAAAGACCAUCUUCGAUAAAAAUCCGACUCAUUUCACCGUCAUGUACUGCGAGCAGUAGGCCCUCCAGUCCUCCCUCGUUCAUUCAAUCCAUCAAGUCCAAGGUUAGUCCAGCUUCUUUCUUCAAAUCUAUUUCAUAGCCUCAUAUCGAUUUCACCUUUUCUUGUUUAGAUUCAUCAGUGCUUUACUUAUGAAUUGGUUUCCUUUGAAUUGAAAAUCACGAUCGGUUCUCUUUGUUUUCUUGGCUGUGCAAGAUGGUUAUCAUUUGAUUCAGUUUCGAUCCAAAUUCGAACUGAUCAACUGAAACCCACCAAUCAAUUUCUAGAACAAGAAAGAACUGAUCUUUAACAGCAAGAAUAAUAAUAAUAAUAAAACAAACCGUGUGUUUUGUUCUGGUUCAUAGAUUUGUUUUCUUUGGUUGGUGAUGCUUGUCCUGGGGGGAGAUUUGCUUAGUUAGAUGAUUAUAGCUUAUGUUCAUUGUUCAUGGAUUUGUGUAAACUGUAAAUACACAAUUUUUACUUGGCUGGCAAGUUCUGAUACAGUUGCAUAUAAGAUUUGAAUUCGAAAUUUUCAGGCUGUAUGUCUCUUGGAUAUGCUAAGAGGGCCUAAAUUGUGCUGCAUAACAUUUGAAGGAAAGACGUAGUAUUUGCAGCCUUGGACUUGCAAAAUAAUAUAAUACCGGAGUAGGGACGAGUGAGAGAUUAGAUACCCAAACUCAAGCUAGGGACGAAUAGGGAAAAGAAAGACUGUUAGGUUUGUUGAAGAUGGAGUCUCUAUGGAAGCUAAUAUAUUUGCUUGAGCCAGCUUCGCUCUCUCUCAUUUUGACUGCAAUACUCGUCUCGUAUGCUUCUGCAUUUCGAGCUCUAAACUAUGGAAAGGAAAUGGAACGGAACCGUGAUUUAUCAGAAGCAUCAAUCACUCUAGACAGAUCGCAGGCGCUAAUGAUCCCCAUAAUGAGCUCUUGCAGCUUGCUUAUGAUGUUCUAUUUGUUCUCUUCCAUGGCACAACUUCUCACGGCUUUUACUGCAAUUGCUUCAGCCACAUCACUCUACUUCUGCCUGUCACCUUACGUUGCUCAAAUUAGGUCCUCGUUUGGACUAUCCGAUCCUUACUUAUCCAAAUGUUGUUCUAAAUCACUUACCCGGAUCCAAGUGUUCCUGACCGUGAUGUGUGUUGGCACGGUUUUAGCCUGGCUUGUCUCCGGGAAUUGGAUUUUGAACAACUUGUUGGGUAUUUCUCUUUGUAUUGCUUUUGUCAGCCAUGUCCGCCUUCCUAACAUCAAGAUAUGUGCAGUGCUCUUGGUUUGUCUGUUUGUGUAUGACAUAUUUUGGGUGUUUUUUUCUGAGAGGUUUUUUGGAGCAAAUGUGAUGGUUUCUGUGGCAACACAACAAGCUUCGAAUCCUGUACACACGGUGGCUAAUAGCUUGAGUCUUCCCGGGUUGCAGUUGAUUACAAAGAAACUUGAAUUGCCUGUCAAAAUUGUUUUUCCCAGGAAUCUGUUUGGCAGUCUAGUUCCAGGAAAUGCUGCUUCUGACUUCAUGAUGUUGGGUCUUGGAGACAUGGCAGUCCCCUCCAUGCUCUUAGCAUUGGUUCUUUGUUAUGACCAUAGAAAGGGAAGGGAGUCCGUGAAUGACUUGGUCGUGUCCCCUUCUAAGGGCGAUACAUCAUCCUCAAAAGGUUUCAAGUACAUAUGGUAUGCUCUAACUGGGUAUUCGAUUGGACUUGUUACUGCAUUGGCUGCUGGUAUCUUGACACACUCACCUCAACCAGCUCUUCUAUACUUGGUACCGUCAACCCUGGGACCCAUCAUUGUGAUUUCCUGGAUGAGAAAUGAACUAGAAGAGCUGUGGGAAGGCUCAGUUUCAAAUAUGAAUGAGAAAACCCAUUUUACUGAAGUAUGAUGAUGAGCUCCAUUUCCUUCCUUCUCUGCAGAGCUCGUCUUCUUCGUGUAGGUUCUCUCCCUCGGGCAAUUUGUUCAUAGCAAAACUAUAAAUUUGUGUUCAAGUACAAAACAGUGCUGUAAAUUACAGAGGUUACAGCUUUUAAUGUCAUCCAGAUUUCAGACUUCAAUUACAAAAUGAGACCCUUUUACCAUUCAGAUUUACAAAAAAGUAUUUCGUAAACAAGAUUUUCUAGUUUCGCACUUUCGCUCUUC